AACAACGUCAAGUAACAAUGUCUGCUCCAAUCAGUAAAGAAAAGGUCGAAGUUGAACAACAACAACAAAUCCACAAGAUCAGAAUGACCUUGACCUCCACCAAGGUCAAGCAAUUAGAAAAUGUUUCUGCCAACAUCAUCAAGAAUGCUGUUGACCACAACAUUGUCAAGAAGGGUCCUGUUAGAAUGCCAACCAAGGUCUUGAAGAUCACCACCAGAAAGACUCCAAACGGUGAAGGUUCUAAGACUUGGGACUGUUACGAAAUGAGAAUCCACAAGAGAGUUAUCGAUUUACAAGCUCCAGCUGACAUCGUUAAGAAGAUUACUCAAAUCACUAUUGAACCAGGUGUAGAUGUUGAAGUUACCAUUGCUGCUUAAGCGGGUUUGUAAACUAAAACAAUAUUUAUCAUGAUAAGUACAUUUAAGGGUAUUACUUUUUAAUCAAUAGAGGAGUUUGACUCAUGAAGAAUGAGUUGAAAAAAAAAGUGGGUGUGAAAGUUUUAUAAUUUUUUUUUGUAAGGGGACAUUAUAUCCAAGUGCUCUAGGCGUGCCGUAUGAGAGAUCAUGCUGACGUUGUGGUGUUGCUAUCAGGAUUUGGUAUAAUCAGUUGAGAAAAGUGUAUAUGUUUUUUAUGUACUUCUGUUUUAAUAAUACAUUUCUUAAUAAACCGUGUCCCCCC